AACUAAUUAUUUAUUGUUAGUGAGUGCGUAUUAUUUUUAUUACAGACACGAUGUAUUUGUUAUCUUUAAAUGUUCAUCGACAGUUCAAAGCGAAGUCAGUCGUGCUAUUUUGAUUGUGUCGUUUUAUUACCUACUAUAGUUACAACAACAAAAGUGAUGAACUUAUGAUGUAUCAUAAAUAUUUGUAAUAUAAAUUGUGGAUAAAUAUGGCAACUUUACCUCGAGUGCAUAGUUCUAAGCAUGGACCUUGCAGUGUGUCAUCUCCUUUUAGUACAAGCCCCAGAAAACUGCAGGAGAUGACGCUGCCUACACCAGAGGGUCACGAUGUCACGAACGCCAGUGGCAUUAGUAUGAAGCAAUAUGAAGAGCAGUUAAACGCUUUGCGUAAAGAAAAUUUUCAUUUAAAAUUACGAAUUUAUUUCUUAGAAGAGAAACUGGGCAGUGGAUCCCCUCCAGCAGUUCAAGGUUUAUUAGAACAUAAUGUAAGAUUACAAGUGGAAGUAGAAGAACUUCGCAGACAACUUUCAGACAAACAAGAACUACUCGCUGCAGCAGCUGAAGCUAUUGACGUACUGGAACAACAGGGCUCGAUGUCAAAUGACAGUGUUGAUUUGUCUAUAAAUAUUGCUCAAACUAAAAUUGAAAAUACCGAAAUCCAGGAAUCUGAAAAAACGAACGUUGUGGAAGAUACGUGUGCAGAGUCGGAUAUAGCCGGAGAUUACCUGGGUGUUACAGUCAAUAAUACAGAUUUAGAUGAACUAGUCAAACUUAGAAGAGAAAAUCGAAAGGCGCUGCAGAUGAUUAAAGGAUGUAUGAAAAAAAUUCAACAACAAGAUAAGGAUAUAAAAAAAUUAAAAUUGAACAAAGAAUUGGCUUAUGCCCAUGUAAGCGAUUCCCAAAUGGAGAAAUAUGAAGAGAUCCUGAAAUGUAAGGACGAGCACAUUAAAGAUUUAGAGAAAAAAAUUAGAGAGCUGCAGAAAAAUAUAGAUAACAUUCAAAAUGUAGACGCAUCUGAGAACUUGCAACAACUGCUGACUCGUCGUUUACAGGGAUUAGCGUACUUUUUAGACAAACUACUUUCUCACAAGUGUGUACUAGGAGAAGAUAAAAAAAAAUUAGCUGAGAGCAUUUUGGAGCAAAGUCUAGCUUUACCAGUUGGACUGAAAUUGGACGAAUCAAUGGCACCUGGAGAUCUAACUAUGGAUGAGAGCAAUCUGGAUAUUUCACGGUCAUUAAGAAUUGAGGAUUUAACUUUGAUGUUUGGACAUCAUGUUAUGUGCAGCGACGAUAAUAGGCGGUUAAGUAAGAAAUCAAUAAAUUCUAAAUAUUUCCCACAAGCAGAUAUUCUAUCGGAAUCUGAAUGUUGGUCGGAACCGGACAGAAAUGUGUCUCUUGCUCGUGUUGGUCUUUGUGAUACCGGUUUGGCAGCCAGAGAAUCAACUUCAGAGAUUAAUAAGUUCCGUAACCGGCGGUCACGGGUUUCAUACGGCUCACGUUCGGAAGACAAUAAAAAUGUUAGCGAAACAGCUCUUUUCGAAGAAAUAAAUCAACUUUCUAAAGCAAAUGAAUUACUUGCAGAUGAGAAUCAUGACUUAAAUAGUAAAUUAGAUUUUGCAAAAACACAAAUAGACGACCUUCUUUUGGAAAAAGAUAACCUGAAAUCCAUAAUAGCCGUUGAACACACGAACGUAGAAGAAGCUAAUAAAACGAUAGAUACUUUAAAAAACACCAUUCUUUCUGUGGAGUCCAGAAUACGGGAUCUCGAAGGACAGCUUGAUGAAGCUGCGCAAACGACAGAGAAGCUACGUUUAGAAAGACAUGAACUAGAAGCAUCACACUUAGCAAUUGAACGCUCAUUGAGGCGCGCUGCUGACGAAGCAACGGUACAAGCAUCACAGGCUGCUUUGGAAAGAGCUCGAGCUCAGCAUGAUAGACUAAAAGUUGAAAGAGAAUUAGAAGAAACUCGCGAAAAGCUAUCAAAUGCACUAGAAGCGAACACUCAGUUACAAAUAGAAGUUACUCGACGGAUUGCUACUGAAGCCGACGUUAAAGUUGCAUUAGUUAAUGUAGGUCAACCUUUGGAGGAAGAUCGGCCAACAUCUCCAGAUCAAGGAAUUGACAGUGACAGGUUAUCAAGUUUAGAACAAAAUGAUGCAGUUGCAUUAUCACCCCGUUCGUUGUACGAAGAAAAUUUAACACUGAAACAAAAGUUAGCUAGAACUAAAGCUACUUUAGCCGAAACUUUGGCACAAUUGAACGCUGCGAAUAUGAGAAAAAGAAGUGUACAAAGAGCAAUUUGCCGUGAAAUUCAUAAAACUCAGGGUGUCCUGCGUAAAGCACGAGACCAACUUGAAAAUCAAAACGAGUAAAUGUUUAUAUUUUAGUGAUUUUAUAAUUUUAAAGGACUGUUUUUCAUAAAUGAGUAGCUGUUACCUACCUAUUAUGUAGAUUGUCAAGAAGUGUGUUUUGAGGU